AAACCGAAACCAGUCCCGCGCCGAUCUCAUUCACCGACGUCCACGCGUGCGUCAGUGUCCGCCGCUACCGCUGCCUUCAUAAUUUUUUUUUUAUUUUUGAAAAAAAAAAAACCGUUUUGCCGGAUUUUUUUUUAGUUCGCCCCGAAGCCAGCCCGCUCUCCGGGACGCCGGUUUUCCACGCCAACGUUAUCCCCGGUCGGCCGUUGACAGUAGAUAUUAUCACGCUUAUUUUUCGCCGCGCGCCCCGCCAUGUAUUCCGACAAAGUGGAAGUGCUCCGGUUCGAGACGGAACCGUACAGGAACAAGACGGGCAGCCCGAACAAAAACGGAUUGAUACACUACAACAACAACAGCAUCAGCAACAACAAGAAUCAUAACAGCCCGAAAAAUUUCACCUAUCAGAAUGGCUAUCACAACACGUUGAUCGAGUCGGAGAAAAGGUCGUCGUCAUCGUCGUCUUCGUCGCCGUCGUCGUUCACCACUAAAGCCACUACAGCCAUCUCUGCCGCAGCCGUUGCUGCAGCAACACUCCAUCAUAACGUUCAGCCACCAUCGGACCCGUUCAUAGCGUCUGUGCUCCAUUCCCGGCAGAAUCCACGGCCCGGUCGUUUGCUCCUGGAAAACGUUAACAACCGGCCGCAGACCAUGGACCGAGGCACUCAGGCAAACACCGACGGUCCCGUCGAGGUGAUCACAGAAGCUCCGACCACCAGUGACGGUCCCACAAACAACGAACUGUUCCGUAAGGCCAACAUUAGCGUUACAAAUCAUACAUUGAUGACCAAUGGUGGUGACAAUUCUUCGGUUGAUAGUCUGAAUAGUGCAGAUUCUGCAAAACGUGACAGUGAGGAAUCAGUAAUUGAACUUGCCGAGUUUCAUCAGCCAAUGAUAGCCAAGGACGAUGCAGAUGGACCUGUCAAUAUGAGUAAUGGUGAUGGAAAAUCUGGUGGAGCUGGAGACAAACCUUCCAACGGUAUUGUUAAGGAACACCCAGUUGAUGACGAUAUUGACAAAACUAGUUGUGGCAUGGAGUGUUUAUACUUUGCCAUGCAAUGCUGCGAAUGUUCAAUAAUGUAAUGAAGCUAUUCCAUCCCCUUUAAGUUUAUUAUUUUUAGUUAUAAUUGAGUAACUAUAGUCUUACAUUAUAAUUUUAUAUUACAAUGCUAUCAUUAAAUUAAAAAUACAACAAAUUACACUUCAUAAUCAUAUCUUAAAGUUCUAUUAAAUCUGUGAUUUUUAAAGAACCUAAUUGAUUAAUUUGUGUUAUAAAAUGGUUCUAU